AAAUCAGUAUAGCUGCUUAAAAACAUGAAAAUCGUAUAAUAAGGCCCACUCAAAGUGAGUUUGAACUAUGUGGACAAUUUUUGAGUUCUUGAGCUUGCUAGCUAUCGAUCUUCUCUUUAUGUUUUCUAAAUUGGCGAUGAAUGCCUUUGUGCGAUUCUUCAACUGACGUGUAAGCUCACAUUUGUUAUUUUCUAACAAUGCUUGAUUGACGUACUUAUUUAUUGUUAAUUCGACUAUGUUCUACCGUCUUUGGUCUUUCUUUUGAUGACCUAAUCUUACAACUUCUCGAAGAAUUUUUUGUUCAAUUAAACUGAUUUGGUUUGUACUUUGUUAACGCUGCAAUGGGCGACGAAUUAAAAGGCUCCGAAGAACGCUAUCAGGCUCUGAAAACAAAAUACGAGGAUCUAAGGGCCAAAUAUAACACAGUAGUGAAGGAAAAUAAUCAGUUUCAGAACCAACUCGAUCUUAAAAAAUCUGAGUUCGAAGCGCUGAAGAAGUCUUCAAAAGAAUCUUCGUCUAAACUUCUAUUGCAAGUUGCGGAUAUUCAGAAAGAAAAAACGAAUUUGAGCAGAAGCUUGAACGCCAAAGACAAAGAAAAUGAGAAUCUGCGAGCUGAUAUAGCGGAUAAUGAUAAAUUUAUGGAUGGAGUUCGCCGAGAAAUAAUUGAGUUCAGAGAUGCGAAGAAUAGCCAAGUUGAACAGUUGCAGCAGCAGUUGAACGCUUUGAAACAAGCAUCGACUAAUGAAGCAGUGCAGGACCAAGCCAAGAUACUGGCAGAGUCAGCGGCCAAAAUUCAGUCUCUAGAAGAGGAAAAUCGGACAUUGAAGAAAGAGGUCAAUGACCUACAGGAAUCUCUGAGUGAGCAUGCGUCCGAUUUAGAGAAGCUUCGAGCUAUCGAGGACGACAGUCAGACGUUCAAGGGGCUAAAACAGCAACUGGAGGCGGUGGCCAGAAAGCUAUCAGCAGUGGAGCUCCAGAGAUGUCGCCAGUCAAGUCAAUCGAACGGAGAUACAGAUGAAGUGUUUGGAGAGGGCAAGGGUAGUGGGGGAGUGCGAUUGAGGAAGGCAUCGAGCAACCUAUCAGCUCUGAUCAAAGGACAAUACCUAUCAAAGAAAAGUGGAUCUCAUUCUGAUGCGAACAAUCAAAACUAAUCAUAUAGUUUUCCUGGGUCAUAAUCUUCCUUACUUUGAUUUCUUUUCUGUCAACUUAUUUGAUACGAUGCACGAAUUUGGAAAUCAAAAAAAAUGUAUGUCCAUAAACUGUCGGCCACGUAAUAGUUUUGUUUGUACUUCUAAUGAGAUUUCAGUCUGUAGAUUAGUAAUUGAAUAAAAUCUACUAUUAGUAUUA